AAAUAGCUACGAGGUGUGUAAGGAAACAGCAGAUUGGUUACGCACCCGUACCGUCCAGCGCCCAAAGACUGCCAUCAUCUGCGGAUCUGGACUGGGAGGCCUGGCCGAUGUGUUGGAUAACAAGACAGUCUUUCUGUAUGAGGACAUCCCUCAUUUCCCACGGAGCACAGUUGCAGGGCACGUUGGCAGGUUGGUGUUUGGGGAGCUGAACGGACAGCCCUGCGUGUGCAUGCAGGGACGCUUCCACUGCUAUGAAGGAUACUCUGUCAGCGCGGUCACCUUCCCCAUCAGGGUCUUCUUUCUCCUGGGGGUGGAGAUCUUGAUUGUCACAAACGCUGCUGGGGGACUGAAUCCCCACUUCCAAGUGGGAGACAUCAUGUUCAUAAGAGAUCACAUCAGCAUGUUUGGCUUAGGAGGGCAGAAUCCGCUCCGUGGACCAAACGAUGAGAGGUUUGGAGUGAGGUUUCCCUGCAUGUCAGAUGCGUAUGAACAAGAGCUGCUCGGCCUGGCGAUGGAGAGCGCCCAGGAGCUGGGCUUUCUGAGCUUCGUCCGAGAAGGAGUGUACUGUCUGCUGGCCGGUCCCUGCUAUGAAACCAUUGCCGAGUGCCGCGUGCUGCAGGCGCUGGGAGCGGAUGCUGUAGGCAUGAGCACUGUCCCAGAAGUAAUUGUAGCCAGGCAUUGUGGCCUCCGAGUCCUUGGGAUCUCCCUCAUCACCAACAAAGUGGUGAUGAGCUACAACAGUCAAGAGAAAGCCAACCACGAGGAAGUUCUGCGCAUCUCGGUGGUCCGGGCUGAAGCCCUGCAGAGAUUGGUCACGCAUCUCCUUGGCAAGCUGGGGGAAAGCACAAACUCCCCGUGA